AUGCAAGUGUGCAUGGGGACAGAGACCGGCCGGGAUGGGAGGCCUAUAAAUACUGUGGCCCGGAGCACAGCAGCACCCAUCUCAGAAAAAGUCAAGAGUCCGCCUUCAUACCCAUUGCUUUUACAUCUCCUCUUCAACCCCAUCAUGGAUAUCCCCAUCCAGUAUCCUUGGUACCGACGGGCCUUCCCACAUCGACUCUCUGACAUCUCCUUGGCCGAACCUCUCACUGAUUGGCCACCAAUCUGGCCCUUCCCCUGGUCCUUCCCCUGGAUACGCGCUUCACCCCUGCGCUGGUUCAACUGGCCCGACAAUGGACACAGUGAGAUGCGCAUCGAAAAGGAUCGCUACGUAAUUCUUCUGGAUGUCAAGCAUUUCUCACCCGAAGAGCUGUCUGUCAAUGUCAGUGACGAGUUCAUCACAAUACACGGCAAACAUGAGGGCAGACAGGACGACAACGGCUUUGUGUCAAGAGAGUUCCUGAGGAAGUACAGGCUUCCGGCUGGCGUGUCAGGUGCUGAUGUCACAUCCAGUCUGUCAUUUGAUGGUAUCCUUACCAUCACGGCACCUCGCUCCUCUACCGGCUCAGAGCGCACGAUUCCUGUUUCCUGUGAGGAUGGAAUACCAAAGCAGAAGAUUGUUGCUUUCUGUACGCGUGCGGAGGAGGAAGUUCUCUGGAGGCACGUGCAGUGAUUUUUAGUCUGUUUACUAAAAGAAAGCCACCGAAGGACUUGGACCACGUGUGUGGGAAGAUGCAGGGCGAAUGAGUAGUAGGAAAAGUUGUGCGCGAGGAAGGAACUAAUGUUUGGAGACAGACAGCUUUUAUCGUUGGGCUCCUUGUCCUGCGGGGAGCAUGCCUCCGAGAUGCUAAUGCCAUUGUAGAUGUCCAAGUGUAUGCCCUGUUAUUCCCUUGUAGUGGCAAAAACCUCUCUGGCAUAUUAACACAGACAAGAAAAAAUAGAAUAAAUGUUGAGACUCAUACAUCGGA